CACGCACAAGCACACUGUGCUGAGCGCUAGCAAGGAGCUUUGAGACGUUUCACCCGAUACUGAGACAAAAGGAAUCUAAUCUGCAACAAUGGAAGAAAACAUGGAUGAAUCACAAAGCCAGAAAGGUUGUAAGGAAUGUUGUGAGCGAUGUGUGGGUAGUUUGCCCUGGGCAUCCCUCAUCGCAACUAUCAUCCUCUACAUGGGUGUGGCCUUGUUCUGCGGAUGUGGUCAUGAGGCUUUGAGUGGAACCGUCACCAUCCUCCAGAACUACUUUGAGGUCAUCCGAGCACCUGGAGAAACACUGGAUGUGUUCACCAUCAUUGACAUCCUGAAGUACAUCAUCUACGGCCUUGCAGCUGGAUUCUUUGUCUUUGGAGUGCUGUUGCUGGUGGAGGCAUUUUUCACCACUGGAGCCAUUAGAGAUCUGUAUGGAGAGUUCAAGAUUACUGCUUGUGGACGCUGCCUGACUGCAUUUCUGAUGUUCCUGGCCUACCUGUUUUUCCUGGUGUGGCUGGGUGUCACAGCAUUCACCAGCUUGCCAGUCUUCAUGUACUUCAAUGUUUGGUCCAUGUGCAAGAACACCAGCGUGGUUGAGGGAGCCAACCUCUGUCUGGACCUCCGCCAGUUUGGGGCCGUGACCAUAUCUGAGGAGAGGAAGGUAUGCACGGGAUCUGAGAAGUUCUUCAAGAUGUGUGAAUCUAAUGAGCUGGACUUGACCUUCCAUCUGUUUGUGUGUGCACUGGCUGGAGCAGGAGCUGCUGUGAUUGCAAUGGUCCAUUUUCUGAUGGCCUUAGCUGCUAACUGGGGAUACCUGAAAGAUGCAAGUCGGAUGCAGAAAUAUGAAGAUAUCAAGUCGAAGGAGGAGCAGGAGCUGCAUGAUAUCCACUCUACACGCUCCAAAGAACGCCUCAAUGCCUACACAUAAACACAUAUGUUGCGAAACAAUGCAUGCACUUACCAA